UCGCCAUGCAUGUAGUGCAGAGUGCAUACCUUCGAACAUGAACCCCACAUCCGUCAAACCAAGGACCCCUCCAAUCGACCCGAUGGCAGACGACGACCGUAAAUCCUAUCCAUCCCUCUCGUCGUCGCCGCCCGCCUACAAAGAAACAGCGGACGCCCGCCCUACAAGCUCAUCCUCCACCUCGACCUCCACCGCCGCCCCCGUCAAGACCCUGCACGUCUACCACUUCCCCGCCGCCAACUUCCAGCGGGCCCACGUUAUCAAAAGCGCCGACAAGUUUACGGUCGAAUACACGGUGACCUACCACACGCGCAACCCGUUCUCCUCUGGGUCGGCGGCGGACAUCCUUGUCUACCGCGAUGGGGUCGUGGGUGACGUCAUCCUGCACACCUUCUCCACCAAAAUCCACUGCUCGACGGUCGAGAGCGAUGGUGUGAAGAGACCGUUGGUGCUCAAGCCCGCCGGUGCGUUGAGCAGCAGCUUCCGCACCGAUUUUGGGCGCAUGGGUGGAAGCGUCGUGUGGAAGGCGACGAUGAAGGAUACCAGUAUGUGGAGCUGGGGGAAUUUGAAGUUGGUGGAGGAGGGCACCGGGAGGGUGAUUGCGAGGUUCAUGAGUAGUCAGCACAAGAGCGUGAAGAAAGUGGGACGGUUCGAAUUGUGGGGCGAGAAGACAGAGGAUCCGGAAUGGGUUACUGCCGUGGUUACUACCGGGCUCGGGCUGUUGGAGUGGGAUAGGCGGUUACGGACCUAGGCGGAUGUGAUGCAAUGGUUCGGGAGUUUUGGAUUUGUGACUGGAGCAUAUGUAACGGCUAUACCAAUGUGAUUCUUUGAUCAAUUUUGCAUAUGUUCAUCGGGUCCUUUGAUAUGAUCUCCUUGACCUCCCCAUCAAGCUUAACUACAGCCUAGAAUACAGCAAACCAAGUGGUUGAUGUUCCAGGCAG